AUGAGUGAUGGAAAUUUUAAAGCUAACAUUAUUAAAAUAGGUGAAAAUUCAAUUUUUUUUAAUAGAUGUAAUAAAAUUAAAAAAUUACAAGAAGAUGUAUGUGUAGCAGAGCAUGCUUUUAACUGGAGCAAAUUUCAAAGUAAUAGUGAUUGCUAUAAUUCUCAACUACGUUUUGAUGAAUUUUGUGAGCUACCAAAUAACAGGUUUAUGUCAAAUACCAAAAAAAGUAUUAAUACAAAUAGUUGUGAAAUGAAAGAUGAAGAUAAACAUUUAAAUCAUAAAAUUAAUCUAACCGAUGGACCAUGUUCACAAUAUAAAGAAUUUAAUAUAAAAAAUAAUAAAUCAGAUAACAUUUUUGAAGAAACAAUACAGUCAAAUUCAUUUGUUGAUAACCAUAAUACUGGUAUUGAAAAAGAAAUAAUUUCUAAAACAAGUGAUGAAAGUAGUGUUGGUAAUUUUGAAGGUGAUAGUAAUGAAAAAAAAGAACCACAAAUAGCUCCAUUUGAUGAAUGGACAAAAGAAAAAUUAAAAAUGAAUAUUGAAUCAAAUAAUAAAGUUAAUAGUGUUAGUACAGAAAAUAUAUCUAUAGUUUCAUCUACAAAACAAGGAACUGUUAAUAAGCAACUUUCAUCUGUGACUACAAAAAGAAAUUACGCAAGUAAAGAGUGUGGUGCAAAGGUAUUGCUUUCAAAUGAUGAAGCAGAAUUUAAAUCAGCAAUUUUAAAUGAUAAAGAACGUGACAUUUAUAUGAGAAAUCCUUGUGAAAAAGCUCAACAAAAAUUUUCAGUGAUAGAGCUUUGUGAGACUAUUGUUCCUACUGGAAUAGAACUUGCCAAUUUUGAAUUGUUUUCCUCUGGACCAAAAGAAUUUAAAGUUUUUGUUAGUGAAAGAUUUCCAACUACGGAGUGGCAUCAAAUAGGAGAAUUUGAAAUGAUGAAUAGUAGAGAAAUUCAAAAAUUUGAUCUUAUUAAGACUGGUUUAUAUGUUAAAUAUGCUAAAAUUGAACUUACAUCACAUUGGGGAAAGGAACAUUAUUGUACUUUAUCAAUGGUUCGAGUUUUUGGUAUUAGUAUGGUUGAGGAGUAUGAAGCAGAAGCAUCUGUUAUUAAUAUUCCUAUUCUUCCAGUAUCUGUAGUUAACUCUGCCACUAAUCAAACACUUGAUACUAGUAUUUCACAAUCAAAAGAAUUAGUUAGUAAAGAAAUAAAUAAAUCUUCUAAUGAUGAUGGAAGUGUCAAAACUUUAGUUGAUAAAGUUGUUAAUGCCGUUGGUUCAAAAAUUGAAAGUAUUCUAAAUACUGUAAUGAAAAAUGGUAAAACGAAAGAAAAUUCAAUAAAACUGGAAUCACUUACUUUGGAAGAGCAAUGUACAAAAUGUUUAGUAGAUCACGAUCUUGUUUAUUCACAUGAACUUUGUCAUUUUUAUAAUUAUGUUAUACGAAUAAUUUCUAGAAGAAAUAUUAUUAAAAAUACUAAUAAGAAUAAAACUGUAACACCUCGUUCACCACCACCAUCUUUAACAUCAAUUAAAAAGUAUCGUGAACAUGAUAAAUAUGUCAAGACAAAAAAAAGACAGAGAAGAAGGUUAUUAUUUCAAAAAUAUUUAAACGAAAAAAUAAAAAAAGAAGAAGAAGUUUCAAGUAUUGAGAAGAAAAUUAUCUUUCAAAAUGGAGGGGAUCAUUCAUUACCGGCUGCAAAUAUGAAUUAUAAAGAGAGCGUUUUUUUAAAAUUAAAUAAAAGAUUGUCUAAUUUAGAAUUAAAUAUUUCAUUAACUAGUGAAUAUUUAAGUGAAUUAAGUAAAAGAUAUGUUUCUCAGACAUCUGAUAAUAUGAAAAUGCAUGAAAGUACUAUUAAAAAAAGUGAAGAAUUAAUAAAAAGAUUGAUGAAUGAUUUCAAAUUUGAAAUUGAACAACAAAUAAAUUUGAUGAAGGGAGAAAUUUUAUCUUUUAAAAAAAAUAAUAGAAAUUAUCAAAAAAUGGGAUUUUUUGAUAGUAGUUUAAGUGUAACAAAGCCUCCUGAAAUUGUCAAUGGAGACUGCCCAUCAGGAAGACACUUACUUAACAAUGGUAAUGAUAAAAUUUGGACAACAGAACAGGUAUUAUUUGUUGUUGUUGGAACUCAAUUCAUCACAAUUGUCUGUAUAUUUUUACUACAAUGGCUUUUUAGUUGGCUUUAUUCUAAAAAAGAAGAAUCUAAAAAAGAGAAGGAAAUAGAAAAAAUUAGAAAUGAAAUUGAAAUGUUAAAAAAUAUAGUUUUAGAGGAAAGUGAUCAGGAAGAAAAAGAAGUAGUUGAAGUAAUAGAUGAUUCACAACCAAUUACAGUUAAAAAAAAGAAACGAAGGAAGAAGAAAACAAUAAUAAUAGAUAAUGAUUGGGAUUCUGCAUUAGAUAAUCCAUCUCUUCCUUCCGAAACACCUACACCUUCGGAACUAUCUAUAGAAACAGACAGAAUCCCAUUGACACUAUGUAAUGGAAAUGUUCCCUUUCAAAAAAAGCAUAAUUUACUUCUAACAGCCGAUGGUUUUCAAAUACAUUCCAAUAAAAAAAAUUCAAAGUUAAAAAAAAUCAAUUCAAGUUUGAUAAUUAAUGCUUAA